AUGGACGCUUCAACUCAGCCAUCCGUGGAGGAAUGUGAGCGUGAAGGCAUGUUGCAGCCAGGACAACCAGGUCCAGGCGAGGUUGAGAUUCCCAAGGUUCUCCAGACCUCUUCGUCCCACGUCCGUGACGUAGACGCAGAAGAGGAGAAACGAAAGUUAGCUGUGGAACCGUUCCGUGCGGUCCUUGAGGCCUUAGCACAGAUGGAGCACGAUGACCCUAAAGCGGCGGCUCAGGGUGCUCGUCUGUUGAGCCUCUUCCGCCGUCUGUGGGAGUCGUCAGUUUCCAAACAGAUCGACAGUCAGCGUCUUGAAGUGGGUAAUCAACAGUUGCGAGCCAUGAGUUCGCAGCUGCAGCUCGAGGGAAACCAAUUGAAGAACACCCACGAUGACCAGCUUUAUCAUUUUCAUGCCUUAGAGCAGAAGCUGAUGGAUGCUCGGCGGGGGAUGUUUCGCUUACUCAACGAGUGGAGCAGCACGGCCAGCGGGGGCUUGAAUGUCUCACCUGAAGACUCACAAGGAGGGAAUAAUGACACGGAGAGAUUGCCAUAG